AUGAAUCAAGCUCAAAUAAUUCAUUAAGUGUAGCAAGUAUUCAAUAAGUUAUCCUAAAAUCAUUUAUAACCUAUGAGUAAAGAAACUAUUAUUAGAUUUUUGGAUUAGCAAUCAAAUAAAAUGUAUGACAGAGUUUUAUUUGAAUAACUUUAUACAAGAAUGUAGAAAACUGAUAAUGGUUAAAUUACAAUAAAUGAUUUCAUUUAAAUAUUAAUGGAAGCAUUAUAAUCAUUAAAAAAUAAAAUAUCUAUUUUAGAAUAAUAAGUUGCAUAAAAAUAACUAAAAUUAGAUGAUGAUCAAUUGCAUUUAUAGUAAUUAUAAACUAUUGAAGAAUAUAAUUCUUAUAAAAUAUGUAAAGGAAGCAAAGUUAGAAUUACAAUUAUUGAUGCUAAAAUUUAAUUUCCAGGAAAUACUAGAGUGGCAAUCAUUUUAGGUUGUGAUGAUACUAAAUACUCCACCAAACCAACAAUUAGAUAAAAUCCUAUUUGGAAUGAAAAAUUUGAAUUUAAUAUUAAUACUGGAGAAGAGGAAAUCUAUAUUGUAAUAUUGGAUGAAGAAUUAAUAGAGAAGCAAGAAAUUGGAGGAUAAGCAAAACUUAAUUUAAAAGAGUUUUAUGAUUAAAAACCUCAUGAUAUUAAAUUGGAAUUAAAGGAUAAGUAUGGUGUUGUUCUUUAUUCCAUCAUUAAUCUAAGAGUUUAAUGGAUACAUUCAUAAGUAUUUUUAGACUUUAUUUUAGACUAAAUAUUUCAAAGAAUCUAUCAAAGAAAAUUAAUAAGUCAUUGAUGAUUUAAGUUAAGAUAUUAAUGAAUAUAAAAGUGAUAUACUUUAACUCUUCUAUCCUUUUGAUGAAAAACAUCAAAAUUAACCAAAUGAAAGAUAUCUUGCAACUGAACAAUCAACUAUAUAAUAAAUCCAUGAUUUUCAUUUUUAUGAUACUUCUCAAGCAUAACUUUGGGUUAAAUUAGCAUUAGCUUUAACAUUGAUUUAAUUCAUUUUAAUAUUAAUUGCUAAUCUAUUUAAGACACAAUUUUUAGAUGUAAAAUACUUCUUUAAUAAUAGUUAAUAGUAUUAUUUUAUAGCUUAUACUAUUAUAUGAAUAAUAAUAAGUUACUAUCAUUAUUACACUUUAAAAUUAUUUCAGCUAUGAUUAUUGUAACUAUUAUUUUCGAUAUCAUUUGGUUUGUUAUUUACACUAAUCCUUGGACAACUAAUAGUGUUCUCUUUUUUUAAUUGGAACAUAGUUUUUAAAUGUAUGAAGUAAUUAUAUCAUACAUUUUACUUGGUAUCAAAGUAAUAUAUAUUUUGUUUUAUUUAGGUGAUUCUAAUAAGUAUAUAUGCUAAUUUAUAUUUUAUGUGUCCAGAUAAAAGAACAAAUAUUUAUGAUGCUCAAUAUGAAAUCAUAUUUGGACAAAGAAGUAUAGAAAAUGAGGAUCAAGAUUCUUAUAGCUUCAGAAAUACGAAUCAUUAUCUGCAUUAAUCAUUUUCUAAAAAUUUCUGA